AUGAUUCCAGGAGCACUUAAGAAACGGAAUUGGAAUGAACUGUUCCCAUUGAGAGAUUUACAACGCAGCGUGCCUCACAAAAAAGUGCCUCAGUUUAUGAAGGACCUCUACGAUGCCGUGGCAGACUCCGACGGCAUGAUAAAAAACUCCAGAGGGCUGGAUGGAAAUGUUGUGAGAAGUUUUGCAGGCCAGACUAAUGGAGUGUUUCACUUUUUUAACCUAACAUCAUUUGGCCCAUACGAAAAAAUAAUAAAGGCGGAAUUCCGAUGGUUUCGGCGUGCGCAACCAUUUUUGCUGGGUCAUCAUUUUCACAAAGUUAAUUUGUACGAAGUGCUGGAUAACCGAAUGAAACCUUGGCGGGGAAACCUAAUAACCUCACGGUUAUUACCUAUGUACUCCAAAGGAUGGGAGGUAUUCAACAUUACGCAGACGGUGACCAGGUGGAUACUCAGCAGCGACAUUAAUAACGGUAUCCUGGUGGUUUCAACUUUACCGUGGGGACCCUGGUUUAGAACAGCUGUACAUACGGGAAGAGUAACGGAGGAAGAAGAAAAUUAUUCCUUUCUGGUUAUCUAUUCAAACGACAGUCGAAGGUUUGCCUCAUCAGGUCAAAACAGUGAGUCAUCUCAGGGCUUUCCUGAGUCCAAAGAUUCCCUCCAGGCGCUGAAGCGGAGACGCAGAAGUACGCGCGGAUCCCCGAGUGAGACAGCGCAUUCGGAAACAUGUCAGAGAACACCUCUCUACGUGGACUUUGCAAAGAUCGGCUGGUCCGGGUGGAUAAUAUCACCAAGGGGCUACAACGCAUACCACUGCGUUGGAUCCUGUCCAUUUCCACUUAGUGGAAGUUUACGAGCGACCAAUCAUGCCAUUGUGCAAUCCAUAGUAAACACAUUAAAACUGUCGAGCAAAGUGGAGCGACCAUGCUGUGUACCGGACGUACUUUACCCAAUAAGUCUACUUUACUUUGAUGAUGAGGAAAAUGUUGUGCUAAAACAAUACGACGAUAUGGUGGCAGGCAACUGUGCUUGCCAUUAAUUGUUAGUAAUUGUGAUCUUUUUUGUGCCAUACUAUACAUUAAC